UUGUAUUGGAGGGGGGAUUUUGGUUUAGGUUACAAAUCAUAAUAUGGAAGAACCGUACUUGAAUUUGUUUGGAUUUGGUCCAUUGCUCUGUUUUCUACGCCGCUUUUACAGUUUUCAUUGCAACUGAUCACUUCUGCAUAAACUAUUUGCGCAACACGAUCAUCAACCAUGGCGGAGGAGCUUCGGAUUGACGUCUCUCUUCCUCCUGGCCUCCAUUUUCUCUCUGCUUUCCUCUCCAUGGAGCCAGCUGACUCCUUACUUUCCAUUGCCAGGGAUUUGGGUCGCGGGUUGGUGACCGAGGCAGUGCAGAAGUUCAUUUGGGAUCAUUGCAUUACCAAAGCUCAAGAAAUGAACCAUUUUCAUGUACCAUAUCUGAAGAAUUUUCUGAAGAAACUAAUAUCUGAAGUUGAGUUAAGUCAGGCUGAAGUGUUGGACGAGUUUUAUGAAUUGUAUGCGCACUAUAUGGUUUCAUGGAAGGAUGAGAAUCUGAGGAAAGAAAGUGCAAAAAUCUCCAAAUUUGUUUCUUUUCUUUUUCCAGAUGGUUCUUUGAGUUGCCAAAAUUUUGGGAAAUUUGUAGUCCCAAUUCAAUGCUCUCUCAACAUGCUUGAAGGUGAUACAGGGUGUUCAAUCUGGCCUUCAAGUCUAUAUCUUUCAGAAUUGAUACUCUCGUUUCCAGAUAUUUUCUCAACAAGAGAAUGCUUUGAGGUAGGUUCAGGUGUGGGUUUGGUUGGAAUCUGCCUUGCUCACGUCAAAGCAUCAAAGAUAGUGCUAAGUGAUGGUGACCCAUCAACAUUAGCAAAUAUGAAGGUUAAUUUGGAGUUGAAUGGGUUGUGCUGCCUCAGCUCUCCAACUGCUACAUCAGAAAGAACUAAUGAGUGUACUCAAACUGUGGAAUGCAUACAUCUUCCAUGGGAAUCAACAUCAGAAACAGAACUCCAAGCUUUUGCACCGCAUAUUGUGUUAGGAGCAGAUGUAAUAUAUGAUCCAAUUUGUCUCCCGGACCUUGUACGUGUUCUUUCCAUUCUUUUACGCCCAAAGCAAAUUGGUAGUUCCACGCACUCUUUUCCGGUGACUGAACAUGUCGAUGAUCAAAGAAAUGAUGGAAGCCGUGGAUUCAAAACUUCAAGGGAUCACCCGAUUGCAUAUAUAGCUUCUGUAAUUCGGAAUAUCGACACAUUUAAUCGUUUUCUAAGUCUAGUAGAACAGGCUAAUCUUAGUAUGUGUGAUGUAACAGAUGAAUUAAAACCCAUGAACUUGCUACCUUACAUGUACACUUACAAUAGAUCAAGUAUUAGAUUGUUUACUCUGAAAUUCAAGUAGCUUUUUUAUUCUUUUUGGUUACAUUCUUAAUGAUUAUUGUAGAAGAAACAAUUGUGGGAGUUAUAGUUUGAAGCUUUGAAGAUUGAUUUAGUUCCGUUGUUAAA